UCAACGAUCCAUAUCAUAAGAUGUUCUCACCUCCCGUUAGCGCGGGCAUGAAAGGUCCUGUACAACAAGGAGGAGGCAAUAUGGAAAUGUAUAACGCAUAUAAACAAGGUGAAGAAGUUGGAUCGUCAUGGUCACAAAGUCACCAGGGUCACCAGGGUCAACCACCUGGGUACAAUGAGUCAAGAAUGUUUUCUGACAAUCAGAAUUUCAACAACGGUCAUCCAGAUAAUAUGCACCCAUUUGUAAAUAAUAAUGACAUAAUAAAUAAAAAUUCAGAUCUUCCAUACAGAAGUUUUAACAGGGACAGUAUGACCCCUCAGAAUAUGAUGGGCAAUACAUCUAACAUACCAAUGUCACCUGAGCAAUUAUCGCCACGGAAACAGAUGUCUCCAUAUUAUCAGAAUUAUAAACAGACUCCAAUGGACGAAUCUAUAAGAGGUCGAAGAGGCAGUGGUCAGUCCAACACGAAAAGACCUAAAGGCUCGGUGUAUUCCCCAGGCCCGGAUGACUAUGGACAGGAGUCGCCUGGUCGGUCAUAUACAUCACCCAAACCCAUGUACCCAGGAGACAAUUAUUUUAUGGAAGGACCUCCACAAGGAUCGUCUAUACCAUGGUCUAAUGGUGGUUCAACAAGCACAUAUCCUGCCUCCAUGUUGCCUGGCAACUUCACUCAAUCCUCCUCACACAAUAAUCUACAUCCCCAUGAAAUGGGCUAUCCCCAUCCAGUAUCACCUAACCAAGAUUUAUUAAAUUCUGGUCUUCCACCAAUGUCGACCUUCAGAGGUCAACCAAUUCCCCCAUCAUCAGCUACGUAUACCAAUUCAUCAUCAUCAGUAACCACUGGCAACCAGGGUCAAGGGUCAUCACAAACAGGAGAUGCAUUAGGGAAAGCUUUAGCCUCUAUAUAUUCUACAGACCAUACCAGUAGUAGUUAUGGUUCGAAUCCCUCCACCCCAGUAUCAUCACCUUCCCCCAUGACAGGAUCUUCUAGCCAAUGGCAGAGACCGUCACAAACUUCUUCUACCUCACCGCAGUUUGAAGGACCCUUACACUCAUUGCAAAAUGUCACAAUGGAAUUGAAGGAGAGGCAGGUAGUUUAUCCGGCAUUACGAGGAAACGGGGGUCGCAUGGAGGAGAGACUAGAUGAUGCUAUACAUGUUUUACGUAACCAUGCGGAGGGCCAGAUGCCGGCACAUUCUGGGAUGCCAGGUCACAUGAUGUCAUCGUCACAUUCCAAUGGAAUCAUGGGAAAUAUGGGAUAUAAUAACAUGAUUGGACACGGUGGCCAUGUCGAGUCACCACAUAUGGGUGGGCCGCCGCCACUGACAGAUUCUGGGUCACAGGGAAUGUCUAGUUCUACAUCACAUGAGAGCCAGAAAUCUUUAAAAACAGAAGCGCCAGUGGAACACAAAGAGAUCGUGAAGGCGGAGAAGCCAGAGGACACGAAGAGUGAAGCGUCCAAUGAGAGUAAAGCCAGUAUAUCAACACCCGUAACAGAGAAAUCAAAACUUGCUCCCCCACCCUCAAAAAGAUCAAGAAAGCAACAAAGUCAGGAUGAGGGUCCUCGAAGUGCAGGUGGUUUGCAGGGAGCUUCAAAUGAUGAUGAAGGGAGUGGAGAUGAAGACGAAUCUCCGGAAACGAAGGCUGAGAGAGAAAGGUUACGAAGGCAGGCGAACAACGCAAGAGAAAGCAGUACGGAUAAAGAAGAAAAGGAUCGAUAUAGGAGACAAGCUAACAAUGAUAGAGAAAGAGUUCGAGUUCGGGAUAUUAACGAAGCAUUCAAAGAGCUCGGCUCGAUGGUUACAAUGCAUUGUGGGACCACACAACCCCUGACGAAGCUUAUGGUGUUACAGCAGGCCGUGAAUGUUAUAACGACCCUUGAAUCUCAAGUUCGAGAGAGAAAUCUGAAUCCUAAAGCAGCAUGUCUGAAACGUCGUGAGGACGAGAAAUCUGAUGAUAUACCCGGCCGACCAAUGAACGUUAACGCUGAAGAUCUGCAACAAGGCUCAAUGGGUCCAAAGUGCCCCCCUGAUGUGAACAAACAAGGUGGAUGGUGGUAGCAGCAGACGCAAUAUUUUAAAGAGCAUUGGCAGUUGUAUUUAUGUAUAAAGAGACCUGUGCUUGUACCAACGUGUUAUACACACUGGAUCGUACCACUGUGGUAUUUGAUAACAAAUAAAACAAUGAACAAUUUAAACUGUUAAUUUAUGUAUAGACACAGGGUCGAAGGACAACAUGUGUGUUUUGUGUGAAGUUUCACAACACAUAUAUGAAUAUGUGUGUUUUGUGUAAAGAUGUGUUCACUACACAAGCAAAGAGGAGCACAACACGUGUAUAUAUAUGUUUGUGUUUAGUAUAAAGAUUGUGUGGUUAAAUAAAUACACAUGCAAGACAAACAGAACACGUAAACGAAGUGAAAUAAUACAGUGAUCUCAAUUCCAUGACAUCAUUUCCUGUUACAAAGCACAUGGGAAGCAGACGAGAUCGGAGGUUGUUCUUGAUUGUUAUAUUUUUUUGCGUGUAAUUAUGCUGAACUAUGUUCACAGAGUUUGUGAAAUAGGUUACAGGUUGAUAUGAUAUUAGUUAUUAAGGUUGUUAAAAGAUACACAUACUGAUUAAAAAAUGAGUUGAUGUUAGAAAACUGCGAAGGUGCUGUCCUCGAGAGCUCGGAAAAUGAAAGUGAUCAUUUGCAAGUGGUGGAGCGAAGAGACAAACCAAAGGGAAAUGGAUCAAAGUGUCGAUUUGCAAACAAUGGUUGAAGUGUUACUAUAAGACAAGGUACAAGAACAUCAAAAUGUGACAAAACCAGUAUGAUAUUGUUAAAAGUCUGAUUAGGAUAAAUUUGUAAAAAAAUGUGAACCAAUCAGAUUCUUUAAAGGUGUGUGACGUUUGCAGACAUGCAAAUAUGUCUGAAGUUACUACUUUUGGUACAUUUGAUUAUUCAGGGGGUGCUUUGAAAACAUUCGUUGCUGUAAAUUUUGUCUCUAUAAUGGAAUAAGAUUGGACUAUGUAACUAGUAUGAACUACUAUGUAGUGUGUAAUGUUUACUUUGUGCUUGCACCGAAAUAGAGGAUGAAUACCAUUUACAAAAAAAAGGAACAAACAAUGGAAGAGGAAUUGAGGAGUUAAACGUUAAUGAUUGUUGUGACAAAGAUAAGGAGGAUCAAAAGUGACGACGGUGUAACUCAUUUCAUCAUUAUCAAGUAAAAGUUAUGUCAUGUUUCGUUUUGAAUGCUAUCAAUCACUGAUCUACUUGUAUACAAUGACUAUGUCUCUUUAUAUUGGAUCUUUUUUCUGAGGGAAGUAGGGCUACUGAAAUUAAGGUCGUAGUAAAAUAGUAAACCACUACAGAGGUUGUACAAUUGUUGUAUAUAUAUAUUAUUUCUUGAAUGAACUUUGCCCAAGAUUUUCAUUUCUUGACAGAGAUAUUAAAUACUUUGGUGUCAGCAAUAGGUGAUUUAAUAGCUUAGCUAUUUGAACCUCAAAUCAACUUUUAAGAAUACAUUAAAUAAAAUAAUUAAAUACAUUUUGCGUGUGAAACAUGUUGAAAUAUUGUUUAGAAUUCAUACAAUAUUAAUUUAUCAUUGGAAACUAAAGAACAAAACCUUGAGACGUGCUUACCAAAAAACUUUAAACCAAGCUCUUUCUCGAACGAUUUAUUUAUAUAUUUAAUUUAUUGAGUAGGAAUUUAAAAGUGCUAACCAUUUUGAUCUUCCAUUACUAUAAGUCAGUGCCAUACCAUUUAUAAUGCAUGGUAGGUUAGAGGUUUUAAUUAUAAAUUUCUCACCCGAUACCUCAUGUAAGCACAAAAAACCUCAUCGUUUUAAUAAGGUUACUUUAUACUGCAUGUAUUCAUCUGUAAGACGGUAUUUUGUUUUUACACUGUAUGGCUGAUUUUUCACUUUAAAAUCAGGCUGUGUCUUAUAUGUGAUCUGUCUAGUAGAUGAGUAAAUAGAGUAUAUUUUGGGGGAUUUUUUUUCAAACUUCCUUUUUCUUUAAGAAUAUUUCAUUAUAAAAUGUUGUCAUUUCUGCCCAAACUUGUAAUGUGUAAUGAUCUUUUCCUGUGUAACAUUUGAUUAGAAUUUUUUUUAUUCAUUUACAGAAUGUGAAAUUUUAUCACAGUAAAAAAAUGUACAUGUAUUAUUGUCACAAUGUUCUUGUAAUAAUGGAAGACUUGUCAAAAAAAAAAGGUAAUGGAAAAAAGAUCUCAUUAUUUGAGAUUUUAAUUAAAUUGAUCUUAUUUGUAUAUAAAUGUAAUAAAGAAUUUCAUUUUUUCACAUUUUUUUUGUGUGAAAUGUUUACAAUACAAUUGUUUAUAGUACGAGAUGAAUUUUAAGGGAUUUGAUCCCACACCGUCAUAACUUGGUUUGUAACAGUCAUUGAGUUACGAUAGUGUGGCAUGAAAAAACUUAUAAAUUGAGUCUCGGGUGUACAUGAGUUUUAAGAAAUAUGUCUUCUCUUUUUAGAUAAUGAAUUAUUUGUAUAUAUAGUGAUGAUAUUUGUUCAGUGUUUUUUGAAGAAUCAUUAUAAGUAAGUGCCUCUAUACGUUGUGAAAAAAUAUUGUUAUUUAUGUGCAUUAAUAUAUAUAUACAUAUAUACAUAUACAAUAUUAUAAAAGAAGCACACACUUUCCUGUAUAAAUGAUGUAGAAAUGAAUUAUUUAGUGAAUAUAUGAGUGUCAUUUUAUCAUAAUGUUUAUUAUGUGAGGGGACAUCAUCAUAAAAAAAUGUUCAUAUUUACAUCAAUAGGCUCAUAAAAAUUAUUUGCCAUACUGCAUCAUUUUCCAUAUCUUAUAACCAUAUAAAUAUCAAACAAGCUUCCAUUUGUCAAAGAGCAAACAAAACAAAUCUCUGUCACCUCAACUGCUUUUUAAAUUUGUUGAACAUGGAAGACUGAAAGUUUGCCAUAGUACACCAUUGUCUUGUUAUUGAACUGAAGUAAGUGUUUUUAUGACCAAGAGCAACAAUAAAAAUCUCUGUCAGCUUAACUGCUUUUUAAAUUAAGAAUAUGGAGGCUAUGAAAAUCAGCAAAAUUACAAAUUUCUAAAAGAUAAAACAAGCGCCUGUAUGUCCUAGAUCAACUAGAAAUCACUGUCGCCCUGACUGCUUAUUACAUUAAUUAAGGAUAAACUAGAAACAGGAUUAAUGAACUCUGAUUACUUUGUUAAGACUUUUACAUAUAGUUUAAAUUUUUGCCAUUUUUAAGAACAAAAAUAUUGAUGCCAUUGCAAAUUUUCUUAAAAAUAAGGAACCUUGAAUAUAACAUAAUUUGAGAUUUUAUAUGAUUUACAUGUUUAAGAACAGUGUAAGAUUUCAACUAUUCAGUUUUGCCAAAAAUAAUGAGUUAUAAGUAGGAAAGGUUUAAGGUGCUUUUACUAAAAAAAGAAAUGAAUUUUAUUUAGAAAAUGAAAUUUUGCCAAAAAGUUGUUGAUAGAAAAAAUAUGACAUUUUUGAAUUCUAGCAUGAAAAUAAAUUUGCCAAAAAAAGUGUAUUUUGUAUUGUUUGAAAUGAGAAUUAAUUUUCUUUUUGCAAUUAAGAGGUACUACUUGUCAUGUGUGCUAUUUUUGUAGGGGGGCUGUAGCCCCUUAAAGUUGUAAUUGUGUUUGUUAUGAUUAAGGUACAUUGUCCGUCAGAAGAUUGUUUAAAAAUUUGGCCUGUUUUGACAUAUUCUUCUAUCUAGCCGUGAAAGAGAUAGCCAUGACUUGAUAAAAAGAAGUAACUUUUAUAUUCUAUUUGUAAACGUUGAUAUCUGCUUAAGCUUGUGCAAGGGAACCUGCAUUUUACAAGAAAAGGAUUCAGGAUCCAUCAAACCAGUAACAUUUUUAUGGUGUUUGGUCACCUUUAAUGGAUAACUUCACAACAAGUUAUUUACCUAUUGACAAAAUAUGUUAAAUAUAGAAAAAAAUCUAUGAAAAUUGUUUAACCAUGCAAAACCAUGAUAAACCAUGAAAAUUGUUAAAUAAUGCAAAACCUUAUAAACUAUGGACAUUGCAAAAAUAUGCUUAGUGUUAUAUUCUAUGGAAGUUUUCAAACCAUGCUAACCCUUUUUACCAUGGAAAUUACAAAACCAUGCUUACCACUAUAAACAUUGUUAAAAAUAUAAUUUAAACAUUGUAAAAAACAUGCAACAACCUUACCAUCUGUGGAAAUUGUCAAACCAUGCAAACCAUUAUUAUAUCCAUGGAAAAUUGUCAAACCAUGCAAACAAUUAUGAACCAUGGAAAUUACAAAACCAUGAUAACCACUAUAAACUUUGUAAAAAAUACAAUUUAAACAUUGAUAAAAAAAAACAUGCAAAAACCUUAUAAACCAUGAAAGUUGUCAAAACAUACAAACCAUUAUUAUAACCAUGGAAAAUUGUCAAGCCAUGUAAACUAUUAUGAACCAUGGAAAAUGUGAAACCAUGCAAACUAUUAUGAACCAUGGAAAUUGUCAAAGCAUGCAAAACCAUUUUGACAAACCAUGCAAAUCCUUAUAAAUGAUGGAAAUUGUCAAAUCAUAUAAAAAGCCUUUAUAAAACCAUGGAAAUUGUCAGAAUAUUUCAAUCAUUAUGAAGUAUGGAAAUUGUAAAAUCAUGCAAAACCUGAAACCAUGGACAUUUCCAAAACAUGCUAAUCAUUAUUAACCAUGGAAAGUGUCAAAAAGUAAUGUAAUCAUUAUAAACAAAAGAAAGUGUCAAAAUAUGCCAAAUUUUUGUUGCAAGCUGAUGUUGGAUAUGAUACCUUAAAAUUUGUUAUAAGAAAUCUGCUCUUCCAAACAUUAAAACUUAUUAUAUUUUUUUGUAAAAUUCUUUGUUAGGUUUUGAUGUCAUUAAUUCCUUACAUAUGAAUGGAAUUUAUUACAAGGGCUUUAUAUAAUUAUGAUGAAAUUAUUUUUUAAAUGAAACAAAAUUUUGUUCAUAAAUAUGACUAAAUAUUGCACUGUUUAAAGUUUUGAUUUGCCUUGAACAAAACUAGAUGAUUAUAUAUAAAUUUCAGAAUUUUUUCUUAUUGGUGACCAUGUUGACUGGUUUUUAAUUUUCUUAUUUUUAUUUUGUAAAUUGGUAUUAUUUGAUACAGAUUUAUUGAACAAUAAACAAUUAUUGUUGAUUUUAUUUAUGCGAUGAUUAUUUAAUAAAUUUUUAUUUUUCACCUUAUUGAUUUUGUUGACUGCCUUUAAUGUUAACAGAAAAAAAUGCCAUUUUUAAAGGCCUGUUAUGCCUCAGAAAUGCUUUAAUUUUUAUUUCUCAUAAUCUUUAUUUUUUGGUGUACUUCAAAAAACCUGCUGAUUGGCCAAUUACCUGAAUAAUCUGUUUCUUGUGUUGCUUUUUUGGCAAUUAGUACAGUUAACAGCUUCCGUGGUCGAGGGGUUAGAGCCGAUGACUUCUAAUCCGGUUACCUCUUUGGCGUGGGUUCGAUCCCCGGGAGAUGCUUUGGUAGUUUAGCGCGGAGGAAGGUAGUCUAAUACUGGUAUAACUCUCCAGGAACGAUGGUUAGGAAACUAGCUGCCUACAACUGAAAUACUGUUGCGAAAAGGCGUAAUAUGAAACUAACAAACAAAAAACAAACAAACAGUUAUAGAGAUAAAGUAUUUUGCAUGGAAGUCAAAAUACUACUUGUUUACAUUUUCCAUCUUUAAUGACAGAUAAUUUCAUAAGUAUAGCUACUUUCCUCGGGUAACAAGCAUCUUAAAUGCUCUAAAACAAUUAUUUAAAUGUUAUAAAACUUAUGCUUGCCCUUUUCUAAAGAAAUAAAAAUUUAUUCGUUUCUGAGGAAUAAUGUGCCUUUUAGUUCAAUACUUAAACAGUUUCCAGGACCGAGAAAAGUGGAGCACAUUGCUUCUGUGACAUCUCUUGUUUACCUUAAAGUUUAUAUUAACUGGCACUGUCAGUGAAUUAUUGAACAAUAGAUAAUGAAUUAUUAUUGAUAUGAUAAUGAAUAUUCUUACAUUUUCUUUUUGAUUUAUUACAUUUGAUCAGGUAUUUAUUUUAAAAUCAGAGUUUAGAGUCUUAUGUAAGUAUACACAUGUACAUUAAUUCUUACUGCGAUGUAAAUUUUUAAAUCUAUGUAAAAAAUGAUAAUUGAAACAAAUUUUUAUGUUAAAAGUGAAAAAAAAAAAAAGAAUUGGGAUCCCUUUUAAUUUGUGAUUUUGGGUUUUUUUGCACGCUUUCUUUUUGUAUUUUAGUUUACCAAUUAAUGCAGUGUUCAUUAAGCAUUUUUGUUUCUUAAUUUAAUAUAUAUAAAUAAAUCUGAAUUUUAGGUAUGAAUCAAAUGUGAAAAAUUUGCAGAAAAAAUGUGUGAAAAAAAAAGAUUUAUUAUGAUUUUAUUUGUAUUCUUACUUUGUUAAUCACUAAUUGAUGUGAAAUAGAAGGAAACUUCAAAGUUUUCCUUGAAACUUGUAAAUUUAUCCUUCACAAAUAGGAAAUGUCAAUUUUUUUCCACACAUUAUGUUGGCAAAAAUAGGUGCAAAAUGGUCGUAACUCUUAACGAAAGAAUGGAUAUACAACCCUAUUGCACAAAUAUUCAUAAAGUUUGAAUUUUUGUUGUCUUCAAGGGGAUUUAUUCAAAGAUUGUGUUGAUUUACUUUGCAUAUUAAUUUAUCCAGGGUUUCAUGUGAAUUGUAAACUCGUGUGAAGUCGUUUUUUGAGAUGAACCGAGAUGCAAUUUUAUUGCACUAAAUGUUAAUCAUUAAGUUUUCUUUUUCUUUUAAAGGCGGAAAUAUUUACAAAUUGAAAUUGAUUUAUGUUUGCUUAUUAUGUUAUAAUUAUCCAAGACUUGAUGCAAAAUGCUUGUAACUUGUUUGCUAUAUAAGAACAAGGUACAACCUUAUUGCAUCAGGUAUUGUUUGAACCAUGUGUCAUGUUAUGAACGGAAAUUUUUUGUAUAUUUAGCAAUGUUGUUUUGUUUUUUGCGAUUUUUUUUUUUUUUGCAAGGGAUUUUGAAGAGUAUAUGGUCGCGUCGUCACAUUUUUAUCAUUUCGUCAUUUCACAAUUGAGUAGCUCUAGUUGAUUGAACAAUAUAUAAUACAUGUUCGUUCCACAUGAUUUUUAAUGUGCACAAUGUGGAAUUAACAAUAAAUUUUAUAUUACAGAAUAAAAAACAA